UUCAUCUUCAACUAUCUUAUCCUUCCUUCUCUUCCAGGCAGCGGACUGAUAGACGAAACCGAGUUCCUCCAGUGGGUGGCCCGCAUCCAAGCGCUCAAGGAAGAAAGCAAUACCAGCAGCAGUGGCAGCAGUAGUAGCAAUAGUACCACCCAGGCAGCCGACGAUGAUCUCACACAGGACCUGGUUGCGGCCUUCAGGGUAUUUGACCGCGACGGCAACGGAUACAUCACCCGGGACGAGCUCAAAUCGGCGAUGGACAUGAUCGGCGAGAACGUGACGGAGUACCAGCUGAACGAGAUGCUGGAACUGGCGGACGCCGACAAAGACGGUCGGAUCAACUACGAAGGUAGGUACCUUCGGUUGGAUUUGGUGAAACAAAGUGUGGUUGCGGUGAUGGUGGUGGUAUAACAAAAUUUGUAGAUGACUGCGGGAAGUGUAAUCAUUUGUAAUUCGCCCAUUAAAUAUUGUCAGUGCACUUGAUUGUAUUGCAACGCGUAGUGUCCUAAC